GGAGCCUAUACAUUGCAGGAGCGUCCAGUAGGAACCUCAGAACUGUUCGACACUUGCAGACCGUGUAGCACUGUAGCUAUGCUCUAGCGCUCCCACUCGCAACCCACCGAUGCAUUCUUUGAGCUCCACCAGAAUAGAAACUCUCGCGGAUAUUUCCCUGAAGCCGAGUGAAGCGAUACAACUCGUGGGCCUCGAGCAAGACGGCCCGAAUGCGUCGGGAUGAGGCUCCGAAAGGGUCUCCAGAUGUUUAUGUUCCCAACCGGAGUACCGGACUCAACCUGCCGACUUAUUCAGUCCAGUCCUGGUCCAAACGGUCCACAUAGCACGCCCGGGCCAGAUGCUCGCCGAGCCUGCAGUGAAUCCCCAUCCAUUCCAGAGCGUAACUGGCAUCUCGUAUCGGCGCAUCACCCAAAUGAAUCAUAGUCUUGGUUUGGAGUGCCUGCUUCCAUCAUGUGAAGGACAAGAUGUUGGCCCCGCCGACUCGUUGACAACGGUGGAGUGAUACCCCCACAUACAUCUCCCCGACAUAUCCAUACGACUCUCGGAGAGAGAGUUCAGCGGUGCUUUACACAUGAAAUAUUGAAGGAGCUACGGAGCUUCUCGGCCUCUUGUUUGUCCGAUAUGCUCUACUGGGUCUGCUCUGCGCUGAAACUUCAUAAUUGCAUUUUGCAUCUUUAUCUCGCCCGAAGCGGAGUGUUCAACGUGCUGUCAACCCUUAACAGGGAAGAUAUUGUCCAUGAACACCCUGCUAUUCAUGACUUGAGAGUCGUAUAACGGCAGGGAUAGUUAGCUGUAGCCUGUAUUUAAGGCUCAGCAACCUCCUGGCUCCUGGAGCUUGUAUCUUAC